GCCGUUGCCCUCCGAGGAGCCUUGCGGCCUCACACCCGCGAGCUUGAAGCACCUCAGGAGGCAGCGUGAUGCUCUGAACGAGGAGAAGACUCGACUUCAGGCUGAACUCCAGGAGUCCACGAAGCAGCUCAAGGAGUUGAAGCCGCAGGUGGCCUCGCUUUCAACACAGCUUGAAGAGGCCAUCGCGUCUCGUGCCGAGCUCGAGACGCAGGUCGAAAGCAACCGACAGCGCGCCGAACGCUCUGAGGAGCUUUGUGCGAAGCUUGAGGCCUUGGUCGCCGAGAAGGAAGCGGAGAUCGAGCGCCUCCGGAAGGGUCUCGCAGACCAGCAGAAGCUGACGCAAGAAGUUUGCGAGGCUGCUGACAGAAGAGACCAACAGGCAAACGAGCAGAAUGCGGCAGAGGUCCGUGAUCUGCAAGAAACGAUCCGGAAGCUGAAGAUGGAGAAUCAGCAGCUGCUGCAGGAGCAGCAGCUUCAGGCCAAGCGCCAAGAGGAAAUGGCGCACAGUGUCGCCGUGGCCAUGGCAGCAGCAGAGAAGGCCAUGGCGAUGCACGCCCAGCACACCUCACAGCUGGAGACGCUGCGAACCGCCAAGCUAGCUGAGGCCAUCAACUCCAAGGUGGAGUUGCACAUAGCCGUUCCCAAAGUCACGCUGA